UUUGUCUAGGGGUAUCACCUUUUCUACAUCUAACAGCAUUUUUGACAUUAUAUCGAUAUAUCUUACAAGUUACAAAAAUUGUUUUUACACAAAAUGGAACAAACUUUUUCAAUGUUUUUAAAUCUAAUAAUGUCAUUUCGCGAUAUAAAUCAAAAACACGAAGUAUGAGCUAAAAGUAAAUAAAAUUUUUAGGUUAUGGGUAUAAAUUUAAUGUAAUUUAUAAAUAAAAAAAAUGUUAUUAAACCAAAGUAAAAUAUUUCUACGGGUAGGGAAAUCACAUAUAAAACGUAAAUUAUCACGCUGGAUAGAACCACACGGUGAAAAAACAAAUAUUAACAUAUAUAACUGUGUGGCAAAGAAAAAAGUUCCACUCAUAGUGAAAAAUAAACAUUUUAUAACUUGGUACACUUGUGGGCCAACGGUGUAUAGUCCGGCUCAUAUUGGGCAUGCAUGCACAUAUAUUCGACUGGAUACAAUUCAAAAUAUUUUAAAAAGAUUUUUUAAUUAUAACAUAGUGUCUGUCGUAAAUAUAACAGAUAUCGAUGAUAAAAUUAUUCAACGAUGUACGGAUUCAUCUUUAAAGGAAUUUACGCGACGUCAUGAAAAUGAAUUUUGGGAUGAUAUGAAACAGGUGGGUGUACAAAAACCAAGUAUCAUUUUACGAGUAACCGAAUGUAUACCACAAAUAAUAAAUUUUAUUGAAAAACUAAUUGAAACAGAACGUGCUUAUGUAACUCGAAACAGUAACGUGUAUUUUGAUUUAACAAAAUAUGCCAAUUAUUCUAAGUUACAAAAUAUUAGUUCAAAUAUGCAUAUAACUGACUUACAUGAAUUGGAUAAAAGAUCCACAGGAGAUUUUGCGUUAUGGAAGGGAGCUAAGCCAUCUGAACCGUAUUGGGAAUCACCAUGGGGACGUGGACGUCCUGGUUGGCAUAUUGAAUGUUCUGUUUUAGGCACAAUUGCAUUUGGAAAUAGUAUAGACAUCCAUGCUGGAGGUAUGGAUUUAAGAUUUCCACAUCACGAGAAUGAAGAAGCACAAUCAUGUUGCUAUCACAGUGUAGAUCAAUGGGUCAACUAUUGGAUUCAUACAGGCUCAUUGAAUUUACCAAAUUCAGAAAAAAUGUCGAAAUCUUUAGGCAAUACAAUUAGAAUAUCGGAUCUCUUAGAGAAAUAUACAGCAAAUGAAUUUCGUAUCGCAUGUUUAAUUUCACAUUAUCGAGAUCGUAUAGAAUUCAGUGCAGAUCGUAUGGUCACAGCAAAAGCAUUAUAUGAAAAAUUCUUAACAUUUAUAAAUUUUUGUGAUCGAUUUCAUAAGAAUAGUUUACUGUGUACAAAUGAAGAUCGACAUUUAUUAGAAUUUAACUUAAAACAUUCAUAUAUUACAAUCGUAAAAGCUUUCGAAGAUGAUUUCGAUACACCAAAAGUAUUUAAUACGUUAAUGAAUAUGAUGUCGUACACGUAUACAACAUUAAAUAAAUCACAAUCAAAACGACAAACUGAUGAUUUAUAUAGAAAUGUGGAUAUUAUUUUAGCAGAAAAAAAUUUUAUUCUAAAUAUUUUAGAUGUAUUUGGUAUUAAUCUCGACGUUAAAUAUGAAAGUAACAUAAAUCUAUCCCGAUUCGAGGAUAUUAUAGAUAUGUGUACUGAAUUUAGACGAGAUGUACGUCAAGUCGCUAUUGAAAAACCAGUGGAACCUUAUCAAAUUUUAUUUCAAUUAUGUGAUAAACUACGUGGAAAUUUAGCUAAAAGCGGUAUUCAGUUACGUGAUGAAAAAGACCGAAGUACUUGGGUUGAUUUUCGAAAAAAAAUAUAAAAUAUUUAUAAGUUUAUGUUUGUUCCAGUUUUCGAAAAUAGACAUUGCUUGUUUUAUUUGAAAUAGACAAUCAAUUAUCACAACGUAUCAGUGGCGAAUUUAGGUGUUUUGACGCUCCAGGCUGAUGAAGACCAUGUCGCUCAUAUCGAGGGAAGCUAAGCCGUUUAGUCCAUCUUCAGACAUUGUCCAUCUAAAAUGUUUUGAGACGACGCAAAGUUGAAAAGUAGCGUUCAUUUAUCGCUGUUUGAUUCGUGCAUUUGGUAAAAAUUUGCAAACGCAUCUUCAUUGCAAAUAUCGAGUACUCCGAGUGCAUUUUGGACAUCCGAUUCGUCAAUGUUGAGUUCAAAAGUUGAGCGCAAGAUUUUUCAUUUUAUUAAAUGUGAUUAUCCCUCCGUGAACCAUAAAUUUCAAACGACCAAAAAACCAUUGAACAUCUAUCUCGAAGGCUUUAUUUCAAAAUUUAACUUAAUUUUUAAAUUAUGCGAAAUUUAUAAUUUGAUUUUUUUUAGUUUUAAAAAUUUGCCUCCAUUAAAACUUGUCGCUGUCUGUAGUCUAUCAGCCCAGCUAGUGGGUACCUUAAUCCGCCACUAGAACGUACAUCAAAGAACUCGAAAAAAUUCGAAUCGGGUAUUGGAACAUAUAUUUUAUUAUUUAAUUGUGUAUGUAUAUUGA